UUCGUUUCCGACGUGUUUACAUUUCAUACAGCAUGAACUCAUCGCUGAUAUAAAUGUGACAUUGUUGUCGUAUAUGUCUUGCUAUGUACUGUAGAUCUAGGUAACGUUAGCUAGCUAGCUACCUGGAAUUGGGCUCUGUGGUGACGAGUGAGUUUAAUUCAGCGCGAUUCCAUGUUUAUCAAACCUCAACCCAGAUGAUGAGUCCAGUCAAUUAUGAUUUCCAGGACAUCAGGCCAGUCACACUACACCUUCCAGAAGAGACGGUCACCUCCUUGUACUGUGUCACUGCUAAGGGGCUGGAGGCCCAAGUGGCCUCCUUAGUCGAAGCCUUCCUGGUUGAAGUGUACCGCUGCAGAGUGUGCCAGUUCACCAGUGGCCUAAAAGGCAGUAUCCAAACACACGUACUGGAGAGGCACGAUUUAGGAGCCUCCUCCUGCCCUGGUCUUCCCUGUCUUGAGAAGGACAAUGGCCUUGAGGUAGGGGUGGGAGUUGACAGAGAAGAUGAUGAUGAUGAUGAACUGGACCAAAAUGGCUCCCCAGGCUACAACCUGGAGGAUGACCUCCAUUCUGUCUCAAAGGAUGCUGACCAGAUGGAUCAUAUGGGCUUGGAGCGCAUGUCCUUCCUGCUGCCCAUGUACGGCAUGCUGCCCAAUAUCAGUCCCCGGUCAUGUGACAUGGCCCUGAGUUCCAACUCGGACGGGAGCCUCCACGUUGCACAGACCUGUGAGGUGAGCACUUUGUUUGAGGAGGAUGAGAGACAUGGUGAGGAGGACGAAGAGGAGAGCGUGUUCCGAUUGGACGCUGCCGACUCCGUCAACCUGUCGUGUCCAAUGGGCUCGGUGGUGAUAAACGAGGCCAAGGAUGAUGAGAUGGCCCAGUCAGCUCACCUCAUGACCCUGGGCCUCUGUCGCAUCUCCACAGCCAACAAGGGCCUCUCAGACCGAGCGGGUACCCAGCUUCCCUCAACUCCCAUCGGGCAAGAGGGUUUGGAGUCAGACACCUCCUUGGAUGACAAGAUGGAUGACAAAAUGCCCCAGUCCCAGGGAAAGCAGUCCCCUCCUCAUGGCCCCAAGCAGCGGAGGUCACUGUUCUGUGUCCUCUGCCGUGCCACCCUGACCUCUAGACACUUGCUUGAGGUCCACCUUAAAUGUCACAACGGGGACAGGGGCUUCAAGUGCCUUCAGUGUGGCUGGACGUCGGCCGUGUGGGGGGAGAUGGAGCGCCACUGGAGGGCCCACGGGAAGAGGAUGCGGCGGGGAAAAAAAGAGAAAGAUAGGGGCACCAGGCCCCAUGGCUGCCAGGUUUGUCUCCGGAAGUUCCGGAGUGUUAAGUCCCGGGAUGCACAUAAGCGGCGGCACCACAGUCAACGGCGGAGUCCUCAAGAAUGCUUCACGUGCCAGCACUGUGACUACAGUGAUAAGUCGUGGGACAAGCUGCACAAACACAUUCUCUCAGAGCACAAAGCCUUUGGGGACAGACUGACAAACCCGGAUGGACUGAGCACCCAUGUUGUGUGUGCUUUGAGGAAGUUCACCCACGAAAGCAAUUACCCACAAGACCUGCAAGGAGUGGAGCCAGAAAAGUGGAAUAAGUGGAGGCUGAAGCAGAGGGGAAGAAAGGACGGAGAGGAGGGCAGAGAGGAGCAAGGGCAGAAAGCGGAGGAAUCGGUGAGGAGGAAAGGGAGGAAAGAGUUCUGCUGUGCCCUCUGCAACAGGAAGUUCUCCACCAAGCUGACCAUGCGUCGCCACAUGGGCAUCCACCAGGGGGACAAGCCCUUUGAGUGUCCCCAUUGCCACUACAGCACCCGGCUCAAGGCCUCACUGGUACAGCACCUCCGUGUUCAUACAGGUGAGAAGCCCUUCAAAUGCCUUCAGUGUCCCUACGCCUCCAUCGACAGCAGCUCCCUGCGCCGACACUCCCGCACGCACACACAGGAGAGGCCCUACUGCUGCCAGUACUGUCCCUACAGCAGCAUCCAGAAAAAGAGCUUAGAUCUCCACGCACGACGCCACCACACAGGCGAGUCUUUCCCCUGCCACCUCUGUCCGUACGCUACACCGGACCGCCAGCUGCUGCUGCGCCAUGUGCGCAAGCACCACUCUUCUGAACCAUCCCACGUAUUGGGACCAAGGACACCCAAACGUCCCAAAUCCUCUAUCUCUGCAGGAAGGGUCCAGUAAUCCUGACAAAUAACUUUCUCUGGGUCAUGUUCAGUAGGCACCAAACGAAAGAAAACUGACUGAUUGAGAGGGACUACCUGGACUUCCUUUUCCAUUGCGUGGCCUAAUGGACCAUGAUCCUGGUCUUGAAUGGAAAUGUGUCUUUAAUCAUAUUAAACAAGCACAUUUAUUUUACUACACCUCACAAUAGUUGAUAUUUCUUUAGAAAUGAAAUGGUAAUUACAUAGUAAUAACCUAAGAAUUUUCUGAAGUUGAAUCGGUACCGCUUGCCGUGCAGGAACAGAGAGAAAAGGGUGGCUGGAGAAGGGGUCCUUAUGGUGUAGCUGACCCUGCUCAUUCCUGAUAAAUUUAGGAUUUUAGACAAAUCUGACGGAGUUGACCAAAUCCCCGGACACAUUUUUUAGGAAUCACAGUUUUGAGAGAGAUAUUAUUUAAAGUCAGAGAGGACUAUUGCAAGAAACUACAUACAAUACUUUUUCAUUUAAUAUUCAUUAUUGCCAGUUUUUUUAAUUUGAAACACUUUUUUGGAGAGUUUGAAAUUGGGAUCCUUUGCUCCAGACAAGGGCAUUUCCGGGCAUAGCCAACAUGUAAAUGUAAUUUUUAAGCUCAAAUCCACCCCAUUUUCGAAUGUUGCUAUGAGCACAACCAAAUAACAGAAGUGAUGGAUUCGACUUCCGCUUUACUUCUCUACUGCAGCGCGCCGGUGCCAAACUUGCCAGAGUAAAUAUUUGUGUCAUUCUCAAAUUUUGGCCACGACUGUACACCCGCCCACUCAGGUCAGAGUUAUUGUCAUCCAAAGAGAGAAGACGCAGGUUUUCAGGGGACUUUUUAUUGUCGACAAUAACACGAAUGUCUGAAUGCAUCGAAAUAACCACAACAAUAACAUUUCAAGUCAUUCAAGUU